UCUUUUAGAAAGAGAUACGGAUCAGUACCAAAGAAGGGAUAGAUAUACAUAUCAACGUGACAGUUAACGUUCACAAGAAAAGAACAACCCAUUUAUCGGACGCUGUGCAUCCACCACCAAAAUGUUAUUCGAAGACCUUGCCACAGAGCUCGUGGUACAGGUGUUUUUAUCCUGCACCUCAGUCACCGAUGUAACAGCCCUAUCUUCUACCUGCAAACGUUUCCGCAACAUCUAUUCGUCCUCGCAAAAACUUGCCAUCCUUGAAUCCGCCGCCGAAGCACAAUUCGGACCCCUCCAUGACCUCACCCAGCUCCUCACCCACAACGCCAGCCAACCAGCCCACAUCUUCCGCUCCGUUCCCUUCUCGCUCGCCCUCCUCACCCAAAUUGUAACGUACGGCCGCGUAGCAGAAAAAUGGUGCGAAAUCUACCCCUUCAAAAAAUGGAAACACAAUUUCGAAAGCCGCCGCCUUUUAACACCCAACGAGCGCUAUAGCCUUCGAAGAGCAAUCUACCGCAUCUGGCUCUACUCCUGCGCCUUCCACAACCCCGCUCACCCCCGCGAACUCCGCGCCACACGCCUCAUCCUCCUCAAGCGCGCUGCCCUCCUGCACAACUGGUCCACGUGUGACCUCGCGGAGAUUGCAGACAUCCACAACGUCAUACGCGAAGUCGUACAAUCGAAUAUCUGUCCUUCCAACGGCACCAUCGCUCGCAAAUUCAAAAAGAGACACCCGGGAAAUGAACAUGGCCUUCUUUUCAACAUUCAUCUCAACUACCCGCCUACUGCCCCUCAAGCUUAUAAUCCGUUUACCACCUCAAACCCACUUUCCACUCAUUUCAACAACACGAAUACGUACACGUCUCGUUUCGCAGCAACAAAGUACUCGUUGAGUCCCUCGCACGAGGUCGGUGCUGAGGGCUGGGGCGACGAUAUUCCGCACUACUACGUUGUCGAGGAUUACCUCAAGUUGGAUCCUGCGCAGAUUCUGUAUCUCAAGGAGAAUGCGCCGCUGAAAGGUAUGGUCGAGAACUAUGUGCGCAGUUUGUGUCACGAGUAUGACUGGUUUUCGAAUAACGGUGAGACGUGGGUGCAGACGCUUGAGUUUGUGCUGGAUGAGCGCGGGGAGGAUGUGGGUGAGUUUAUGGAUGCGAUUGCGGAGGGGGAGUUGGGGGUGGCUGUUGCUGAGGUGGUGUAGAUUGAGAGAAAAUGGUGUAUGUAGGUGUAGUAUUGCUGAUAUGGAUAUACGUUGCAAUUCACACUCGAAUACCACGUCUUUUCCUCC